UUCAACUACAAACAUCCAUUACACAGAACGACAUGCGACUAUUAUUUUUUUCAUGUUUAAUCGUCGGGGUAAUAUGGAUAGUUAGAGCCAGACUACUCAGUUGCGAUCACCUGGGGACCAUCCUCUACGAAGAUCUAGGAUGUAAACCUGUUUUUGAACCAGGCAACUCCUGUCCGACACAGUACAGCUGCACUCCUUUCAAGACGUACAAAGAAACGUGUCUUUUCAGGGGAAAAAGGUACAACAUAAACGAAAAAGUCGACGAUAGUUUGAUUAUGGAGAAUUGUUUUUAUGAUUGCAAAUGUGUGGAUCCAGUAGGGUAUGAUAAGUACAAGUGUGGUAUCAAGAACUGUACGGAAUGGUCUAUGAGUUAUAACUCUACACUGUGUUACAAACAAUACGUUCCCGAGCAGUGUUGCGCUGUAGGAACCAUUUGUAUGCACCAAGGAAAACAAAUAUACGAAUGCGAAUUCGAAGGGAGAAGGUACAAAGAAGGAGAAAUUUUCGUGCCUUCUAACUCCUGUUCCAAGUGCUCGUGUAGGAAAGGCUUCAGGGGGAUAGUCGAGGAGCCUUUCUGUAAGAGAAGUCUGUGCGCUACUCAAGUGGUAGACUACGAAGAACUAGGAAACCACUGCGCACCCCUGUACUUGCCUUUGCCAGGACAAACUGCGCUGUGCUGUCCUAACGACUGGGUUUGUCAUUCUGAAAAUGACACUAUAGUAAGUCUGUCCCCGAAUGUCAAUAAAAAAACGAAUCUAGCCUGUAAUUUUGGACCUAAGAUGGUGAACCUUGGAGAAGGCGUUGUCAAAAAUAUCAGUUAUUUCGGAAUGGACAUGAAGGUUACCUGUGAGUGCGUUCUUCCUCCGUUGAUGACCUGUAAGGCCCCUUAA